CCGCCCGUCGGCCGGCGGUCCCCAGGCGCUCUCCGCCGGCUCCGACGCGCCGCUCGCCGCGCACCGUGCCCGGGUCGGCGCCGCGCGUCACCGCCGUCAAAGCGGGUCUCAGCAAGCAGCGGCUGGCCGCGCUGGCCAAGCCCAAGCAGCCGGCGCAGCGGAAGACGUCGCCGCCGCGCGCUGCUCGCAUUGUGAAGCCGGUCCAGCGCCGCGCGACUGUAGCGCCGUCUGUGGGCGGGUCGCUGGCGCCGCCGGCCGGUCUGCCCAAUACGAUGCGCCGCUCGCUGAGCGCCAUGCACCGGUCGCGGUCGACCUCAGACCGCUCUGCGGCGGUGCACCGGCCGGCCGCCUUUGUGGCCGCCGUACCAAGGGAGGAUGAGCUGGACACCGCCCGCGCCAUUGGUGGAGCUCCUACCGAGGUACCUCGAACGGCGCCGCAGCAGCAGCCGUCGGCGACUCCAGGUCGCCCCCGUCCGUCCGCUACUCCAGCGAGGAGCCGUCCGUCUGCCACUCCGGCACGUGGCCGUCCUUCCGCCACCCCGGCCCGCGGCCUCCCAUCCGCCAGCCGGCCCCGUCUGCCUACCGAACAGACUCUCCAGGAGCGCCUGGAGCAGUGGCUGGCGCGCCGCGGCAAGCAGCUCAGCUCGUUCAAGCACCUUCACUGUUUCGGCAGCGAGCUGACGCAGCCGACGCCGUCGCGCGCGCAGGCAGCCAAGGCCCGCCGCUCGGUGGCUCCCCGAGUCCAGCUCGACCCCGGCUCUCCUCCGCUCAGGGCCACCCCUACUGUGAAAGUGUCGCCAACCACGCCUGUGACGACUGCUAAGGUGACACCGGCGGCCGCGAAGAAGGGGGCGCCACAGACGCCCGAUGCCGCAUCCGGUGGCGAGGAACGCAUGGACAACGUGCUCUCCGACUUGAGGGAGCUGCAGGAGCUGGGUCUGCCCUCGGACCAGGUGGUCAGCUGGCUGGAGCGGCUCUCACGGGACCCGGUGUCGGCCGGCCGCGCCCGCUACUGGCUGUGCCGCGCCUCGGCCGCUGAGCGGGACGGCCAGCUGGACACUGUGCUGCACUGCUUCCGGCAGGCGUCACACGCCCAGGCUGAGCCGGUGGCCGAGCUGAUCUCCGGGCUGGAGAACUUCGUGAAGCGCGCCGCCAGCGCUACGGCCGCCCCGGGCACCCCCCAGGAGGCAUCCGAGGACACCGAGAACGCUCCUCCGCCGGUGGACGCGGACGGCACGCCGGGCCCAGGGCGCCGGCGUCGCGCCGAGACCCGCACCCCGCGACGCCCACUGCUCGACAGAAGCAAUGUAUUCGACUCGAGCGUGAUCAAGUACGCGCUCGUGGACGAUGAGACGGUGCUGAAGAAACUGGCGGCGCUGCGUCUGGGCGCUGCCGGAGAGGCUCCGAGCGGCGACAUCCUCUCCGUUAUCACGCCGGUGCGCCGCUCCACGCGCCAGAGGUCGGCCAAACUACUGGCCAACCCGCACAUGGCGCUCUUUGACUCUGUGGAGGCUAUCUCGGAGUCGCUGCGCCGCUCAGCACUGUUCCGCAAGAACAGCGCCCUGAUGAGCCCCUGAACAGGGUGAGAGAAGGCGGCGGGGAUGAGCUGCAGCUGGCGAGGGGUCAGGAAUCGCACAGGUGGUGAGUGUUGGGAAGGAGCUUGUCAAGGGAGGACCUCGGUGUGAGCUAUCGUGGACCAAAUGAGUCAGACUGGUCCGACGAAUGUCCGAUGUCGUGUCGAACGUCUCAAACGUACCGCGGUGUGGUAACCGGCUCAGCUAGAUAGUCGCUCCUCCAGCCGCCCUGUUUCUCGUUUAGCAGUCCAGCGUGCUAAUCGCUGGCAGCAGCAAAAAGAUCAGCACGCAAACUAUUAGUUUUAAUCAUUAUCAACUAUCAAGGGAAUGUUUAUUUGCUCCUGCUUUUAGGCGUUCACCCAAUAAAUGCUGUGUAACGACCGCGACCGACGAAAAACCACGAAGUAGUGGUUUUUAGUCACGAUUUAGUAAGUAGAUGUGUCGACUACGAACCGUUUAGGGGCCUUAUAACCGCUUAACAUCGUCGUAAAGAAGGACGUUUUUCAGGACGUGUUGAUGUGCCUCGACCAUGCAUGCAGCGCUACAGUGUCGCACCUUUUAGCCCCUGUAAUCGUUAACAUUUAUUCCUUCCGCGUCUAUCGGCCGUGAGUGCCUCCGCGUUUGUUGCACACCAAACAGCUGUAUCGCCAAUAAACAUCUGCCUCCUGCAA